AUGGCAGACAUAAUGGCGCAGCCACCAGCACAGCUCCAGAACGGCGUACCACCGUCAGGGCAGCCAUUCGUAUCGAAAUGGGCGUCGAGAUAUCGCGGGGCCACGGUAGAAGACCUCGACCCGCCGCCGGCGCUUUCGCUGACGCCGUCGGACUCGGUGUCGGUAGCGCUCAUGUCGGCGUUUGAGCGCGACUACACACACCUCACCGUCGUCGACGGCGCGACGCGGGCACUGCUGGGGUACAUUGCGAUCCCGCAGCUGCAGGCGCAGCUCGAGGCGGGGCGGGUGCGGCCCGACGACGAGGUCGGGACGGCCAUGCUGCGGUUCCGCCGCACGCGCGCCAACAAGUACCGCGUCAUCACCAUGGACACGCCGCUCGAGGAGCUCGAAGCCUUCUUCGCCGGCACCGCCACCGACGGCCAGCGGCAGGACUUUGCCGUCAUCACUGACGACCGCCGCCGCUUCGUCCUCGGCGUUGCCACCGCCGCCGACCUCGAGGAGUUUGUCAAGCGUCGCCCUGCUUAG